AUGCCUUCUCCACCACCAGACACUUCGUUUCUAAUUCUUCCAUGGGCGGCUAUCUCCUAUCUUCGCUCGAAGAAUCGUCAAUACCCAAAAUGGACAUACCGACAAGCCCUAACCAAUACGAUUCUCAAGGUCGGUCUACACAAGUACAUCUCUUUGAAAAGGCCACCGUCCGUCUCCCUCAAGCCGGGUUUUGAAAGGAAGCGAUUCAUUCUCAUCGAGCCUGCGGGACCUGAAUUGUACUCUGGCAUCACGUUGGAUGAAAAGACCAAGCCAGAGGCUGUCGGGGCUACAUGGUAUCCUAAGCGCCCUUCCUCGGAUUUCACAAUCCCUGAAGACCAGCACAUCGUGCUCCAUCUGCAUGGUGGGUCCUACAUAUCAGGGGACGGCCGGACAGUGUCCUGUCACUCCAUCGCCAAGCACUUUCUCUCAUAUACGCCGAGUCGAUACGUACUCUGUCUUCAGUACCGACUCGCGGGUACACCAAAUGGCCGCUUUCCGGCUCAACUGCAAGACGCCAUCUCUGCCUAUUUAUACCUACUCGACACCCUCCACAUCCCAGCCUCACAAAUCAUCCUCAGCGGUGAUAGCGCCGGGGCUAACCUCGCCUUGGGAUUGUUGCGCUACAUAACACAAUCCCAAAAUUCGUCUCUUCUUCACGCGCCAAAAUGCACCUGGCUCUUCUCACCUUGGACCAAUAUCCCUGAAGCACGAAGCUCCGAAGCUUGGAACAGCAGUCCCAACUACAAGACCGAGUAUGUACCUGCAUCGUUCCCAGCCUGGGGUGCAACUUUAGUCUUACGUGAUCUGGAAAUUACCAAAUCGGUCGAGGAGCAUGUUUCUCCGAUAAAGCAUCCUUUCGUGUUGCCGUCGCCCAUGCUGGUGGUGACUGGAGGGAAGGAAGUGCUAUGCGAGGAGAAUCAGGAACUCGUUCGAAUCUUCAAGAAAUUGCCGCAGAAUGAGGGCUUGGUGGAUCUCUUUGUGUCAGAAUCGACGCCGCAUGAUUUGUUCAUGAUUGCGUGGAUCAUGGGUUUCAAGAAAGAGGCGCGAGAGUGUGCGGAGAAAGCAGGAGAUUUUGUUAAGAAGUUUAGCUCUUAG